GUUGCCUCAUAACCUGUGAAGAUGGUUCACAAGAAACAUACAAUGGAUGCAUAAUGGCCACCCAUGCUCCAGAUGCUUUGAAAAUUUUGGGAAAACAAGCAACAUAUGAUGAAAUGAGGAUACUUGGUGCUUUUCAAUAUGUCUAUAGUGAUGUUUUUCUUCAUUGUGACAAAAAUUUAAUGCCCAAAAACCCAGCAGCAUGGACUGCAUGGAAUUUUCUUGGAGCUAUGGAUAACAAAGUAUGUGUGACAUAUUGGCUCAAUGUGCUCCAGAAUCUUUGUGAGACAGGGCUACCUUAUCUGGUAACUCUAAAUCCAUCACAUACCCCAGAACAUACACUGCUCAAGUGGUCAACCGGCCAUCCAUUCCCAUCAGUUGCUGCAUCAAAAGCAUCAUUUGAGCUUGAUCACAUUCAAGGGAAAAGAGGAAUAUGGUUCUGUGGAGCAUACCAAGGUGAGUUUGUUUCAUUGUUGCUGGACUGGGAUGAUGUUCACAGCGUUGAUUUCUGUUUAUGGCGUGGCGUCUUCUGUGACAAUGUCACCCUAUCUGUUGUUUCUCUGAAUUUGUCAAAUUUGAACUUGGGUAGGGAGCUUUCACCAGCCAUUAGAGACUUGAAGAAUCUACGGUUCAUUUGAAAUAUUUUCAAGGAUUUUCAGGGGAACAAAUUAACUGGUCAAAUUCCUGAUGAGAUAGGCAACUGUGUUUCUCUGAUGCUAGUGUAAAAUUUCAUCUUCUUUCUUCAUUGCAAUUUUAUUUACAUAUAUGUGGAUGUAUUAAUAUCUUCUUCCGUCUGUAGGUGAUUAAGAUUUUUAGUCUUAUUUUAAUGAUUUAUUAUUUUUUUUAAUAUCUUAUUUUUUAGUUUGUAAUGAUUUUAAUGAUUCUCGAUUCGAUUCAAUUCAC